CUCAUGCUGUUGCACAAUUCCAUCUAAUCUAAAGUUCAAGGUGCCAGCGAGCAAACUGGUCCAGAGCACUGGGCUUUGAAUCAUUCAACUCCACAGGCGGUGACGAGGCUGUUUGUCUGCAGGCCACGCUUCAAAUUCAAGAUCUGACACUAUGGGAGAGUGGGGUUUCCUGUCCUCCCUGCUGGACAAGGUCCAGUCCCACUCCACUGUCAUCGGGAAGGUGUGGCUCAGUGUUCUGUUCAUCUUCAGGAUCAUGGUUCUGGGAGCUGGGGCGGAGAAGGUCUGGGGUGAUGAGCAGUCUAAAAUGGUCUGCAACACCAACCAGCCCGGUUGCAAGAACGUGUGCUACGACCAGGCCUUCCCCAUCUCACACGUCCGGUUCUGGGUCCUGCAGAUCAUCUUUGUCUCCACGCCGACCCUCAUCUACCUCGGCCACGUCUUCCACAUCAUCCACAAAGAGAACAAGCUGAGGGAAUACAUGAAGGCCCACUCCAGGAGCGAGAUGGUCAAAUUCCCCAAGUACUCUGACGAAAAGGGCCACGUGAUACUUAAAGGCAACCUGCUGGGAAGCUACAUGACCUCCAUAGUCUUCAGAAUCCUUCUGGAGGUCGCCUUUAUUGUGGGACAGUAUUAUCUGUACGGGUUUGUCAUGACGCCCAGAAUCGUGUGCACCCGGGCCCCGUGUCCCUUCACCGUGGAGUGCUUCAUGUCUCGGCCCACUGAGAAGACCAUCUUCAUCAUCUUCAUGCUCAUCGUGUCCUGCAUUUCUCUUCUGUUCAACGUAGCUGAGAUCUUCUACCUGGCGUGUUGUAACCCAGCCAAGCGGAAGUCUAAGAACCUGCCGGCUUCUGCGAUCACCCUUUACCCACGAUAUAAUGGUGACGGCCCAACGAAAAGUGAGAAGCUUGGGCUGCACGAUGGCAGCCACAGCACAGCCUAAGCACCAGCGCAAUGUGACUAAUAGUGUUAAACCUACAGGCAAACUUUUAAAUGGCACCGGGUGUUAUUUAUUUAUGUGACAUUCAAAUUCCCUUGCAGUCAUACAAGUAAGUUAUUUAUGAAGAUUCAUGCGUCGUCGCAUACUUUUAAAUGUGAUAUAUUGAAAUGCGCUGUGGACUUUUUUGCAGAUAAGGAUAAACGUCCAACAUACCAGAAAAACAAUGCUACCUUUCUUUUUGAAUAUGUUUUUGUCCUACAUUGUUAACAUGUAUGUAAAAUUUUAAAACUGUAAAUAUAUAAUUGAAAAUCUUUUUUUUUCUUGUUUUACACAUUAAUAUGACUGAAUGUGUUUUCUCUUUGUAAACUAUUGUGAAGGCAAUAAAGGUCCUCCAGAACA